UGCAUUUUCUCCCACGAGAAUUUAUUUACCUCCAAGCGAUAUGGAUAUGUACACGAGGAGAGUUUCCCUCCGUUUGUGUUUCCCUUGAAACUACUAUCUGUUCGCUACACAAUCUACCGACAUCAAAUUUACGGCCACCAGCUGCAAUUUUAGAGAGUGAGGGUUGGGGUUUUUCGGUCUGCAUUCCAGAGAGUGAGUGCUGUUUUUUUUAUUUAUCUCGAUUCCAAGUUUUGUUGGGAAUUGUAAUCUGAUCGCUUUAUAGCCGCAUACUGUAAUCUCUGCAACAUUUGCGCAAACGCAUUGAAUUCAAGCGCAUGAAAUUGAGGGUGGUAUCAUGAUCCCUCUUUUCGCAGUUCAUUUCCACUUCAACACUAGCAACUCUUUAGAAUUUAUCUCUCUCUCUGUCUCUCUUAUCGUGCAGUUGGGGUUCUUUCGUGAGUAAUCUCUUCUCACAUUAACAGUCAUUUCUCUCUCUAAAUUCUGUUUCUUUCUCAAGAUAUGGCAUUCACACCUAGCCGCCCUCUCUACCCAACAGCUCUACUGGACUCUUUGCACUCAACGUGGUCCAGGUUUAAUGGCUCUCGCCUUCAAAUCACACGGCUCCAAAGAACCCAUGUUUCGUCAUAUCUCAACACUAUCACGAAUUCAAAAGACUUAGAGAGCCCCGAAAAGAUAUCCCCUAAUCCCCACUGUAAUGGAGUUAUUGCAGAGAAGACGACCCAAGUUCAAGGUCAUUGGAUUCACAAAUGGACAGGAAGCCAAUGUCGAAACCUCCCCAAAAGGCCCAAAGCUGUUCUGGAUUAUAGAGACAAUGGGGUUUCAAGCGAUGAACAGGAAGACAUUAACAGUAAAGAUGAUGAACUAGGUUUUGAAGAAGAAGCAGAAAAGAGCACCAUGGAUCAAAUUGUCGACAAGCUCAAGAGAUUCGGCUUCAUGGAUGAAAGAAAGACAGGUUUAGACAUGGAGAGAAGACCUGAACGUGGUUCAGUUGAAGAUGUAUUCUAUGCUGAACCAGGUGUUCUUCCCAAUUCUAGGGGUGGGCUUUCUUUAGAUUCACCUAAUGGGGUUUUGGAGAGAGAAAAUGGGGAGGUUCGAUUUCCAUGGCAGAGAGAGGUUUCGGUUAGAAAGACGAGGAGUAGGACUUCUUUAGCCGAGUUAACUCUCCCUGCAUCUGAGAUUAGAAGGCUUACGAAUUUGGCUCUUCGAAUGAAGGGGAGGACGAAGAUUAAAGGGGCUGGGGUUACACAGGCGAUUGUAGAUUCAAUUCACAAGAAAUGGAAGAGUGAAGAGAUAGUAAGGAUCAAGUGUGAGGGAGCACCCACUCUUAAUAUGAAGAGGUCCCAUGAGAUUUUGGAGAGAAAAACUGGUGGUUUGGUUAUCUGGAGGUCUGGAAGUUCCAUUGUUUUAUAUAGAGGCAUAAAUUAUGAUGUUUCUGAUGAGAAGCCUGCCAAGAAGCAAACCCAAGUUAAUCGCAAUUUCAAUAGGAAUGGCUCAGCCAUUGAUGAGGUUAACGGUAGUUUUUCAGAGAGUGUUUCAUCUAGAGAUUUGCAGAGGUUCCCUGAAGAAAAGGGAGUUAACAUUGAGAAUAAAACUGAAACUGAACCACCUAACAAAGUCAACUAUGAAAAAGAGGUAGACCAGUUAUUAGAGGGUCUUGGCCCACGAUAUAAUGAUUGGGCUGGUUGUGAUCCACUACCUGUAGAUGCUGAUUUGCUACCUGGUGUGGUCCCUGGUUAUAAACCCCCUUUCAGACUUCUACCUUAUGGAAUGAGAUUUUCUCUUGGAAGAACAGAAAUGACUACCUUAAGGAGGCUUGCAAGAGUUUUGCCUCCUCACUUUGCCUUGGGUAGAAGCAGGCAACACCAAGGUUUGGCUGUGGCCAUGGUGAAAGUGUGGGAAAAAAGCUCAAUUGUGAAGAUUGCUUUGAAACGUGGUGUACAAAACACUUGCGGUGAGAGAAUGGCCGAACAAAUCAAGAGCUUGACAGGAGGUACUUUACUCUCACGAAACAAGGACUUCAUGGUCUUCUACAGAGGAAAGGAUUUCUUGUCACCUGAAGUGACAGAGGCUUUAUUAGAAAGGGAAAGGUUGGCAAAGGCUCUCCAAGACGAAGAGGAAAAUGCUCGACUUUAUGCAACCGCUUCGAUUAUUUCAGAUGUCUCAACAACAACAGCUAAAGAGGAGCCUCGCUUUUCUGGGACUCUGAGUGAAACCUUAGAGGCGAGUGCAAGAUGGGGAAAGAAUCUUGAUAGUGAAGAGAAAGAAAAGAUGAUAAAGGCUGCUGAAGCAACAAGGCAUGCUGGCUUAGUUAGAAAGCUCGAAAGGAAGCUUGACCUGGCCCAGCAAAAGGCAAUGAGAGCUGAAAAAGCUUUAGCCAAAGUGGAAGAAUUUUUGAAGCCAACUGACCAGUCUAGGGAUCAAGAAAGCAUAACUGACGAGGAGAGGUUUAUGUUCCGUAAACUUGGCCUGCGAAUGAAAGCUUACUUACUUUUGGGGAAGCGUGGAGUUUUCGAUGGGACAGUGGAGAACAUGCACUUGCACUGGAAGUACAGGGAACUCAUUAAGAUAAUUUUGAAAGCUAAGAAUUUUGGACAUGUCAAGAACAUUGCACUAUCCCUUGAGGCUGAGAGUGGGGGUAUUUUAGUCUCAGUGGAUAAGAUUUCCAAAGGGUAUGCUAUCAUCGUUUAUCGUGGGAAAGGCUACAAGCGUCCACGUCUGUUGAGGCCCCAGAACCUUUUGACCAAGAGAAAAGCUUUGGCCCGUUCAAUCGAGCUUCAAAGGCGUGAGGCACUAAACAAUCACAUUUCAAAUCUGCAGAAAAGAGUGCAGACGCUGAAAUCUGAACUGGCUCAAAUGGAAAGCAUAAAGGAGAAAGGCGAUGAGGACUUGUAUGCAAAGCUAGAUUCUGUAUAUUGUUCCGAAGAUGAUGAAACAGAGGAUGAAGAUGAUGAGGCUUAUCUUGAGACCUAUUAUAGCUGCAAUGAAGAUGAGCGGAACCUGAGUGAACUUGAGAUUGAAAGCGAUGACUUUUCCCUUGAGGAGGGAGAGUAUGUCGAUAAUGGUAGCAUCCAUUCAUUUCUCAGACCAGAUGAUCUGCCUGAGAGCAUGCAAGGUGAAAGAGAAAGAACAAGACACUAUUUUUCAUAACUUACUGGGUCUAUAUCAAAAAACUGUUUUCCCUUGAUUUUUUGUACUUAUGAUGGGUAUCAAUGUGCAUUGCAAAGUUUUUGAGAUUUAGGGAUUUAGAUUAAUGUCAGCUUACUACAACAAUUAUUUCCUAUCGGGGUGAUUUGGGAUAUUAUAUGUCAAUUUUCUCUGUGAAAUGAUCAGCUGAAAUCUUGGCAA